CUCGACGCGCGCGCGCGCGCUGCCGUCCACACAAAAAACCACCGCCACCAUAUCCUCACUAACCCCGCCAUCACCAUGCUCGCCUCGCCACCGCCACCGCCACCGCCACCGCCGCCGCGAUGCCCCCCUCCCUCGCCGCCACGCCGCUCCCCAUCACCCCUUCCCACCGCCCAGACCCCACCUCCUCCUCCUCCUCCUCCUCCGUCCAGCUCCUCCGCUCGCUCGCGCGCUCCCGCCGCGCACACCUCGCCCACCGCGCGCUCCUCCUCUUCCGCUCACUCCACAGCUCCCCAUCCCCACCGCCGCCGCACUUCUCUCUCCCCGCCGCGCUCUCCGCAGCCUCGUUCCUCGCCGCGCUGCCCGAGGGCCGCCAGCUCCACGCCCUCACCGUCAAGCUCAACCUCUCUCCGGCCCACACGGUCGUCGCCAACUCCCUACUCCACCUCUACGCCUCCUGCGGCCUCCCCGACGCCGCGCUCGCCCUCUUCCGCCACAUCCCCGCCAAGUCCCUCGUCUCCUGGAACACCGCCAUCGACGCCCUGGUCAGCAACGGCGACCACGUCGGCGCGCUCGAGCUCUUCCGCGAGAUGCAGCGGGACGCGGCGGGCCUCGCCCCCGACGCCUACACCGUGCAGAGCGUCAUCGGCGCGUGCGCCGGCGCGGGCGCGCUCUCGCUCGGGGUCUACGCGCACGCGCUGCUGCUACGGGAGCUCGGGGGCCACGGCCACGGCCACGGCCAGGCCGUGUCCCGCGACGUGCUCAUCAACAACUCGCUCGUCGACCUCUACGGCAAGUGCGGGGCGGCGGAGCUCGCGCGCCAGGUGUUCGACAGGAUGCCCGACCGGGACAUCACGUCCUGGAACGUCAUGAUCCUCACGCUCGCCAACCACGGCCGCGUGCGCGAGUCGUUGGACCUGUUCGAUCGGAUGACACGGCUGGAGAAUGUUGUGCCCAACGCCAUCACCUUCGUCGCGGUUCUCAGUGCGUGCAACCAUGGCGGGAUGGUGGAGGAAGGCAGACGGUACUUCGAGAUCAUGGUGAGCGAGUACGGGAUCAGGCCGAGGAUCGAGCACUACGGGUGCAUGGUGGACAUCUUGGCACGAGCUGGGUUCAUUCAAGAGGCCCUGGAUGUCGUGUCUGGGAUGAACUGCCGGCCUGAUGCCAUCAUCUGGAGGAGCCUGCUUGAUGCAUGCUGCAAGCAGAAUGCCGGGUCGGAGCUCAGCGAGGCCAUGGCCAAGAUGGCACUUGAUGUUCCUGAUGAUGCUGUAAGUGGCGUCUAUGUUCUGCUCUCGAGGGUCUAUGCGUCCGCGCAGCGGUGGAACGACGUCGGCAUGGUCCGGCGGUUGAUGAGCGAGGAAGGUCUCAAGAAGGAACCAGGAUUCAGCUCUAUCGAAAUGGACGGCUUGGUUCAUCAGUUUGUCGCAGGCGACACGUCGCACCCUCUAUCCGAGGAGAUAUACAUGAAGCUGGAUGAAAUUGAAGAGAGGCUCGCAUCCUCUGGAUACAAGCCAGACUUAUCAGAGGCUCGUAUGGUUGCUGGCAUGGACCAUACCAAGGGCGCUGCGCUCCGUCUGCACAGCGAGCGCCUAGCCAUAUCUUUUGGCUUGCUCAAGGCGAGAGCCGGGGCACCUAUUCGGAUUCUGAAGAACCUGAGAGUGUGCAAAGACUGCCACACUAUCAGCAAGCUCGUAUCAGAGCUGUAUGGUGUCGAGAUCAUCGUCAGAGACCGGAUUCGGUUUCACCAUUUCAAGGAUGGAGUAUGUUCCUGCAAAGACUACUGGUGAUCCUUAAGCCAUGAUAUAUGCAGAGAGGUUGCGCUGCUGUUUGACUAUUGAACAGAAGAGAAAGUGUACCUCUGUAGGCGCUCGGCGCCAAGUGAACCGAGUGUUCGGUGCUGAGAUAGUUCUUUCUUGUUCUAGGUUGUCAAGAUCGACUGGUCAAUUAAACAGAAUAUUAUAGGAUUUGUGACAACUACAUUGACCCGAUAAGAAAUAUGAGAUCAGUCGGUCAAAUGUGUAUGAAUUGGAUUUGAGUAAUUCCCCAAGUCCACUUGUAUAUGGAAUUGCAAUCAUUAGAAAGGAAGGUUGAAAUCAUCAGAGAAAUGAACUACUGUAUUCAACACGAGUGCAUGCUUUCACUCGACGAUCAAUAAUCCAAGUCUCCAGUUAAGCAUCCACAGUAUGGACAAUCACCGGGCUCCUCACCUGGCGUUCACCGUCGGACCACACGACAGCAGCCGAGAAAUACUCGUUCCCGUCGUGCAACGCGCCAGAGACCGUCACGGUGAAGGACAUCCUCUGAUGAAGAUGGCUGAACGCCAGCCUCCUCGGCCAAACGGCGACAACAGUUUGACCAGGCCGCGAGCCUACAAUCUUGGCGACGUACACCGAUCCUGGCACGCCGACGUUGGUGACGCUGCGCGGGAAGUGGGCGGUGAAGUUCUUCCCCGGCACGGCGUGGAAGGCCAUCGUCGGGUAGUUGAGGUCGGCGGCGGACCCUUUACGGCCGCCGUGGCAGGUCGUGGCGUCGUCGGAGCCGGUGACGAGCCGGAGCUGCGUGGAGUUGUACCCCUGGGCGCACAGCAUGCGCACGUAGUCACCCUGGCGCGCGUCGUACACGAGGCCCGGGUCCCGUGCCUGCGCCGGGUUGAGUUGCCCCGCGCCGUAUGUGAGUUCGGCGCCGCCGCGGUUGCGCGACGGGUCCAUUGGAGUUGCUGCAAGCACACGCCGCCGAUGUGCAAGUGACUACAUUUGGGAAUGAAAGACACGAGAGAGCGCAUGCGCAUUGAUUGAAUACCUGUGGUGAUGAGAGCCGACAUGAUCAUCGCCGGCGACCAGUCAGGGUGGAAGGACUUGACGUAGGCCGCUGCGCCGGUCGCGUGGGGGCACGCCAUGGACGUGCCCGAGGCGAUGUUGUACGCCACGCUUCUCCCGGCCACCAGUGACAGCGGUGACCACGCCGCCAGGAUGUCGAUCCCCGGCGCCGACAGAUCCCAGGAGUAAUCGUGUUGGGACCUGGCGAAGAAAACCCGGCCACGAUGGGGGCUUCAGAGUCGAAGGCUGCCUCGCUGGUGUGGAUGGUGCCCACAGGAUUACUGAAGAAAACAUCACGAUGUUUCUCCAUUUCAGCUCUGCAAAACGGAAUUUGUCUGGCUACUAGGCUGAUAAUCAUACCGGGUUCUGUUUACGUAGGCCAAGAUUCCAUUGAACUGAUCCUGGGUAACCAUGAGGCCAGGGAGGGUCACCUGCCACGCCACGUCGGGCUCGUAGGUGACCAUGACUGCGCCGGCAGCGCCGACGAUGGCCGGGCCGCUGCCAUUGUUCCAAGAGGCGCAGAGCAAGAUCUUCCCCUUGUAUGACCGUCCUGCCACGGUCAGUGACUCUGGUUCACAAGAACUGCAUCAUUGGACGACAUGUUAAACCAACAAUACGAGCAUGAUCCCGUACCGUACAGCUAAAAAUCAGUUCAUGUUACUAAGGUUGUAACAAUUACCCGUUGAUUGGGUGAAUAAGUGGAGCUUUCUUCAGCUUGGGGAAGAAAUUAAUGGAGACCCCCUGUAUCAGAAGAACAUGUAAAAAAAUAUGGGACUACCUUGCGAAAUGUUCCUUUUGCGAAGUUUCA